GCUUCUUGAAACCCUAACUUAAAUAGUGAGGAGAACUUCUUUACCUCCUCCUCUUCUUUUUCACCUUAAGGCUUUUUGGAAGAACAGACCAGAGAGCAAACGAAACCGGCGACGCAGAGUUUUGAAGGAUGGUUCAUUUUGCUGUUUACAGGAACUACGGGAAGACUUUCAAGAAGCCACGUCGUCCUUAUGAGAAGGAGCGUUUGGAUGCUGAGUUGAAGCUUGUUGGUGAGUAUGGUCUCAGGUGUAAGAGAGAGCUUUGGAGAGUUCAGUAUGCUCUGAGCCGCAUCCGUAAUGCAGCUAGAAUGCUUCUCACUCUUGAUGAGAAGAAUUCACGCCGUAUCUUUGAGGGUGAAGCCCUUCUUCGCAGGAUGAACAGGUAUGGUCUUUUGGAUGAGAGCCAGAACAAACUUGAUUACGUCUUGGCCUUGACUGUUGAGAACUUUCUUGAGCGCCGUCUCCAGACACUCGUCUUCAAGUCGGGCAUGGCAAAAUCCAUUCACCACGCCCGUGUCCUCAUUAGGCAGAGGCACAUCAGGGUUGGAAGACAGGUGGUGAACAUCCCAUCUUUUAUGGUGAGAGUCGAAUCACAGAAGCACAUUGAUUUCUCACUCACCAGUCCCCUCGGAGGUGGACGGCCAGGAAGAGUUAAGAGAAGGAACCAGAAAGCAGCUGCCAAAAAGGCUGCUGGAGGAGACGGAGACGAGCAGGAUGAAGAUUAAGUUUUGAUUUUUAUCUUAAAACCUCAAUAGCAUUUACUAUAGAUAGAGGCUGUCUCAGACUUUUUGUUUGUGUGUAGUUGCAGAUGUUGGGCAUGUUAUGGAAGAUUUUGUUUUUGUUUUUGGAUUCAUUGUUUAGUUUCAUGAUCAAUAGCGAGAUAUUUGCCUAAUAGGACAGCCUCCUA